AUGACUCAAAAUGAGGUGAACGGUGUCAAUGGUCAUAGCAAGAGCAACAAUCACAGCGAGAGCAGAUACAACACUGUUCUCUAUCGACCAAGACCUCAGGAGACAUAUGACCUGACCGCUGUUGACACGGGUUCUUUCUACGGUAAACUUCGAAUCUUAUACGCCAACAAAGUACUCAAGACUCAACUUGAACAAUUGAAAAAGCAAGGUAGUUAUGAUGCUUUCAGAUUGAAAUGGCAUCCCGCAUAUGAUGUGCGACGGCUGUAUGGUGGGAAAUGUCGAACAGAUGGAUUCCCCCCUUCUUUAUUCUGGGACUCUGAUGUUGGCAAAUGGAUUGAAGGAGCUUGUUACUUCCUUUCUUCCCCUGAUGCCAAAGAGUGUUCUCAUGCUGCCGAAUUCGAUUCUGCGAUACAAGAACUAGUAGAUAUGAUGGAAAAAGCUCAGCAGCCUGAUGGAUAUCUCAACAUUUACUUUACCGUAGUUGACGAGGCAGGACGGUUCAAAAAUCUUCGAGAUUCGCAUGAGAUGUAUAACGCUGGACAUCUGCUGGAAGCAGCAUUGGCGCAUCAGAAAUAUACAGGAUCUCGUCAGUUCAUCGAUAUCAUGAUCAAAAAUGUGGAAUGUUUCAUAAAACAUUUUGGUCCUGAUAAAUCUCAACUACAUGGAUAUCCCGGACAUCCUGAAUUCGAAUUAGCAAUCUUGAGAUUAUAUAAUUUCACGAAAGAUCCCAAACAUCUGAAAUUUGCCGAAUACCUACUACAAGCUAGAGGAGUUGAAAGAGAGGAUCAAGGUGGAGACAAUUAUUUCGUCUAUGAAGCCAAGCAAAGAGAUGACCAUAUCGUUCCUCCUACCAUGGAUACUAUCUAUGAUGUUUGGUAUGGACAAGCACAUAAACCUAUACAUGAUCAAGAAGAGAUUCGUGGUCAUUCAGUGCGAGCCUUUUAUCUUCUGACCGGAGCCGCCGAUUUAGGCGGUGAUUUCUUGGAAGACGCCAAAAGACUUUGGGCAGAUGCUGUAGAUAAUAAGAUGUAUGUCACGGGAGGUUUCGGUACAGAACCUAGAUUUGAAGGAUUCUCCACAAUCCGUCAUCAUCUCCCUCAAUCUACUGGAGAAGGAGGUUGUUACGCCGAGACAUGCGCUUCCAUAGGCUGUAUAAUGACUUCCGAACGUAUACUUUCACAUCAACUUGACGGUAAAGUCAGGGAUGUCUUAGAGCUGUGUCUGUUGAAUGGCGUUCUUGGGGGUGGCAGUCUGGAAGGAGACGCAUUCAGUUACGCAAAUAAGCAUGCUACUUGGGGUGACGAAGUAGCGACUAGGGAAGAGUGGUUCGAAGUCUGUUGCUGUCCACCUAAUCUGUCCAGAUCUCUAGGCAUGUUGGGAGGUUACGCUUGGUCCGCUACGAUCGAAGAAGAGAAGAAAGUCAUUAAUCUAAACGUUUACAUUCUUCUUUCAGCCACUCGAACUAUUCCUCUUCCAAACGAUAAGACCGCAACAGUCACCAUGAACAGUGGAAUGCCUUGGACUGGACAGACUGACUGGGAUUUUAAAGCUCCUGAAGGAUGGCAAUGGAAAGUUCGAGUACCCAAGCCUGAUUAUGCUGAUAAUUUGAAAUUAUCCGAAAAAGCUGAAGAGAUAGAACCUGGAUUCCUCAAAGUGAAACUUUCGAAUAACUCAACUCUAUCCGAGAAUUUCGAUCUUCCUAUACGGUUACUCGCACCUCACAUAACGACUGGUCAAGACACACUGACCGUUUCACGAGGACCAAUCAUUUACACAGCUGAAUCAUUCGAUAACGCUGAAAUUGAUGAGAAGCAUAGACAUUUCGAAGGGGUUGGAAUAACUUCUGACACGACAUUCAGUGAGAAAGAAGAGGUUAUUCAUGGUAUUCCAGUAAUCACUUUACAAGCGAACGAAACAGCAUUUGUUCUCCACGAAUUAGCGAAUGAUCAAGCUUAUCGAAUUGUGACAAAAGAAAAACCUGCUAGAAGUUGGAAAAAACUUGAAAAAGGUAUCAAAUUCGUUCCGUGGUUCGCAAGAGCCAACAGGGGUGGGGCAGGUCAUGUCAGGACUUCCUUCUUAAAGAGCGGAUGA